AUGUCUUCGCACAACGAACUCAGUGACUGUGAAGCACAAGAGUCCAUUUCCGAGUACUCAGAUGAUCUUAUCUCAGAGGAUGAUAUUUCGGAGACAAGUGAAGACCGCGCAUUCGUGGUAUCCGAUGGAGAACAAUCGGCCUAUUCGAACAGAUCCUCUGCGUCUUUCAAUGACAGCCAGUAUUCCUCCAAUGACUCUUCUAAUUUUAAUGGCCAGAAAGUCCCGCUAUGCAUAGUUACCAAACAAAUCCCAGUCACCAAAGUCCCUUUCAUAUAUUCGAAGACUGAAGAGCUCGUUUGGAAGUGGGAGCAGUCAAAGCUCUGUGGCCAGAGUAUUAACGUCACUCUCUCUUCCAACAUAAUUCCACCAGCCCAUUCAGCAAACAAAGCUGAUAGCCGGGGAGAAUACGUAUCCAUAGAGAAUGGCGUCAUUCAUGUCUUCCCUCAAGCCCAGCUCAGCAAUCUGGAACCGCAUGACUAUCAGAUUGGGAUUCUGCAGACAGCGCAUUCAGCCAAUUUGAAGAUCAUUCUUCUCGGUUCAAAGAAAGAAAAACAAACAAGCCGUCUCAGGAAAGGCUUCUCUCGCUUUCAACGUCCUUUGAUGCAGAGAAGCGAUUUUUCUUCCAACCGCUGGUCAACCGAAUUCUGGAUAUCUGACUCGGUCGUUGUUGAUUCAAGAUCCACCGAACAGGCUAUAUCGGUACUCAGGACUGUGCUUCAAGACAGUCGUGUAGAGGCAGCGUACGUCUGUGUCGGCCUUCCAGUUACAAUCUUCGGGCCAUUAUUCAACACGCUGGUCUCAAAAUGGAACGCGAGCGCAGCUUCUUUUGAGUACUCCAACGGGUUUAUCUGGAUGUAUUCCACCCUGGACCCGGCAAACUUUACGAUUGAUGCGCUUGACCCUGCCAGUCUAACCAAUGACUCACUUUCCUCCCUGCUGGAACGAAUGAACGGUAAAUCAUGGCUUGCUAGGGCAAAGCUCAUGUUCAGACUCGAAAUUUCGAGCAGAGAGAAAGCGACUAUUCUUGCUGAGCUAUUGGAAAUUUCUCAUAUACAUGCAACCUCUUCUCACAAGCCCAUCACUCACUGUUAG